AUGUUGAGGGGCCUGCUCAAGGCGCGGCUCCAGCUGGAGCUCGCGUACCACUCCUAUGCCGGGGACCCGUACUUUGAGCAGGCCCCUGAACACUGGAAGCACAGAGCAGCCAUCAGUGUCUCCUUCCAGCAUCUUUUUCCUCGUCCCCGCACGCGCAAGAGCAAAAAGAAGGGAGGAGGCGGCGGCGGUGGCGGUGGAGGAGGUGGAGCAGCAGCAGCAGCAGGAGUAGGUGGAGCAGGGGGAGGAGGUGGAGGUGGUGGUGGAGGUGGUGGUGGAGGCGACGCUCGUGAGGACAAGAGGCCGCGCACGGCCUUCACGGGCGAGCAGCUGUGCCGCUUGCGCGCCGAGUUCCAGGCGUCGCGCUACCUCACGGAGGAGCGGCGCACGGCGCUGGCGCGCGAGCUGCGGCUGAACGAGGCGCAGAUCAAGAUCUGGUUCCAGAACAAGCGCGCCAAGAUCAAGAAGGCGAGCGGCGUGAAGAACGCCCUCGCACUCUACCUCAUGGCGCAGGGCCUCUACAACCACUCCACCGGGGGUGCUGGAGGUGGUGGUGGUGGUGCUGGAGGUGGCGCUGGAGGUGGUGGAGGUGGUGUUGGUGGUGCUGGUGCUGGAGGUGGUGGUGGUACUGGAGGUGAUGAUGCUGGAGGUGGUAGUGGAGGUGGUUGCGGUGGUGGUGAUUCAACCAUCUCGCAGCAGCAGCAGCAGCAGCGGCAGGAGAAGCAGCAGCAGCAGCAGGGUGAAGGAUGCAGCGGGGAGCUGGGAGAGGAGGGAACCCCGGAGCCGGGAGAUGGACGUGAGAGCGCGUGAAGCAGGGGAGAGUUCGGGGAGAUGGGGAGAGAGCGGGCGGCUGGCUGCGUGAGUCUGCCACUCGCUGCGCCUCACCCACGUGUCUGUGUGCGUGUCUGUGGUGUGUCUAUGGUGUGUCUGUGUGCGUGUGUCUGUGUGCGUGUCUGUGUGUGUGUGCGUGUCUGUCCUCGUGUCCGUGUGUAUGCCUGUAGUGUGUGUGUGUCUGUGUGCGUGUCUGUGUGUGUGCCAGUGGUGUGUCUGUGUGUAUGCCUGUGGUGUGUCUGUGUGUGUGUUUGUGUGUCUGUGUGCGUGUCUGUCCUCUUGUCCGUGUGUGUGCCUGUGGUGUGUCUGUGGUGUGUUUCUGUGUGUGUGUCUGUGUGCGUGUCUGUGUGUAUGCCUGUGGUGUGUCUGUGUGUGUGUUUGUGUAGAGAGUAGAAACUCGCCUUCGUAUUCGCCCGCGUGUAUUCGUUCGAAUGCGUCUGUGCGUGUGUUCUGUGUAUGUACGUGUGUAUGAGUGUAGGUGUGCGUUAGCCUUGUGUGUGUGUACGCGUGUAGUGGUUAGCGCUACGCCGCGCUACAUACCCGGCGGCCCGAGUUUGAUUCCCAUUCACGGCCAACACCGGUGACGGUUAUAUGAACCGGUUCCGGGCCUCCUCUAGGUCGACUCAGCAUCAAAUGAGUACCUGGUGCGGUGUGUAAACAUUGCCACUGGGGAGACAAAGGCGGCCGGGUGUGGUGUUGGCCACCCCCU